AUGUUGAAAAGAAUAUUGAAUAUAUGGAAGACAUUAAGAUUACCCUGGAGAAGACAAAUAUUAGUCGGCAGUGAUUUAUUUGGUAAUGAAUAUUAUGAAAGCAUUAAACCAAUAAUGGAUAACGGUAGAACUAAACGAAUUGUUUAUAUGAAGAAAAAAGGCAUUAUUAGUGAUUAUAUUGUAGAAGAUAUACCAGUUCAAUGGCAAAGCUGGUUAAAACAUACAAGGUUUAAUUCACCUACAAUAGAGGAGCUUAUAAAUAAUAAUAAGAGACAAGAAUUAAUAUUGAGUAGAGCAAAGAAAUUAGAUAAAGAAUGGGAAGAAUCAAAAAAUAAAAGAUCUUCCCUAUUAGCUAAUAAAGAUUCCAAGAAACCUUUGAUACCUAGCGAUGAUUAUAAACCUGAAGGAUGGACACCGCCAUCCAAAUCAUUAAAAUCAAAUAAUUAA